UCUCCGUUGCCGUGGGAAACGACCCUGGACCUGGGAGGAAAGACGUUUCCCGCCGGCGGGAGUUGCGUUUGUGUCGGCUUGGGGAGCUCGGGCUGCAGGGCCCGGCGCCGCAGCAUCAUGGCAGACCAGUUUUAUCUGGAAAAUAUAGACGAGUUCGUCAUGGACCAAAACAAGAUCGUGACAUACAAAUGGCUGAGCUAUACGCUAGGAGUUCAUGUUAACCAGGCCAAACAGAUGCUGUAUGAUUAUGUUGAAAGGAAGCGAAAGGAAAAUUCAGGAGCCCAACUGCAUGUCACCUACUUAGUGUCUGGCAGCCUUGUUCAGAAUGGAUACUCUUGCCACAAGGUUGCAGUAGUGAGAGAAGAUAAAUUGGAAGCAGUGAAGUCCAAGCUAGCUGUGACUGCCAGCGUCCAUGUGUACAGCAUCCAGAAAGCCAUGCUAAAGGACAGUGGGCCUCUGUUCAAUACCGACUAUGACAUCCUUAAAAGCAACUUGCAGAACUGCAGCAAGUUUAGUGCCAUACAGUGCGCAGCUGCAGUCCCCAGAGCCCCUGCUGAAACCUCAUCUUCUGAAAAGUUUGAGCAGUCAAAUCUUCAGGUAUCAAGUGAGACACAAGCCAAUAAUGAGUUGACCACCAAUGGUUAUGGCCCACCUAGCUCCAAACAGAUUUCCCACCAACCUAAAGGAAUUAUGGGAAUGUUUGCCUCUAAAGCUGCUUCUAAAACCCAAGAUGCCAGCAAAGAAACCAAAACAGAAGCUAAAGAGGUAACAAAUGCUUCUUCAGCAGGUAACAAGAUACCAGGGAAAGGGAAUGUGAUGAGCAAUUUUUUUGGAAAAGCCGCUAUGAAUAAACUUAAAGUCAAUUUGGAUUCAGAGCCAGCAAUGAAAGAAGAAAAAAUUGUGGAACAACCUCCACUGUCUGUCACUGAACCAAAGCUGGCAGCCCCUACAGGCCUGAAGAAACCCAGCAAAAAAGCAGAGCCUGUUAAGAUGCAGCAGGAGAAAAAGAGGGGGAAGCGAGUGGAGUUAUCUGAUGAUGAGACAAAAGAAACUGUAAACAUGAAGAGAAAGAGGAGAAGAGUCAAACUUCCUGAGUCUGAUAGCAGUGAAGAUGAAGUCUUACCAGAUUCUCCUGGGGUUUAUGAAGCUGAGUCACCAUCCCCACCUCCUCCUGUGUCCCCACCUCCCGAACCAGUGCCGAAGACUGAACCAGAGCCUCCUUCUGUCCAGAUCUUAAGUGGAGAAAACAAAAGAAAACGAAAGCGUGUGCUGAAAUCUAAAGUCUUCUUGGAUAAUGAAGGCUGCAUGGUGACUGAAAAAGUGUACGAGAGUGAAUCCUGCACAGAUAGUGAAGAGGAACUUAAGAUGAAGACGUCUCCCUUACACAGACCCCCAGCAGUGACUGUCAAAAGAGAGCCCAAAGAGGAACGAAAAGGCCCAAAGAAAGGGACUGCUGCUCUAGGCAAAGCCAACAGACAAGUGUCCAUCACUGGCUUCUUCCAGAAGAAAUGAACCGCCAUCUCUGUUAGGUCAGAGAUGUGGAGCGGCCAGGGAGGAGACCAAGACAUACAGACUCUCACUUACUGUGUAAGUUCAUCCGGCGCCUCACCUCACCUAUAUCAGAAGACUGUUCUUCCAUCUCUUAAGGUUUAUACUACUGGUUUUUAGCCAAAAAGAAAUCACCCGGAAGGAAGAGGCAAAAGAAUAUUUAAAAAGCUGUUACUUUCUAAUGACAUUUUUAAAGCACAAUCUUUGACCUGUCCAGCAGAAUUUACUCAAAAAAAAUUGGAACAGGUUUCAGAAUUAUUACUAAAGCCGUUUAGUGACUAAAUGGCUUCCGUGAUAAUGCACCCUACCUGCCCUGUGUCCUGAUCUGCACGUGGCUCAGGGAGUAUUCUUCCUUGUUCCUUUGUAUUCCGUGGACUUGUGUGGGUAUUCCUCUAUCCCUCAAUGUUAUUGGAUGUGUUUGCCACUCCCCUGCUCAUCCCUUCCCCCCUAACACAGUUCUUUGUGAAGCCAUUUUCUGUUAAAUCUUUUAAAUCUUGGGUGAACUACAGGCUGAAACAAAAAUCUCCCUCUAACCAUCUUUUCCUCCAUUAUAAAGUACACUGACCUGGCUCUGUACCAGCACUUGUGUUCCGUACUUGUGUUCUACCCCUUCCGCAAAAACUCUCUAGACCAUCACUCGUAAUUAGUGGUUAGGGAAACCUCAGGCGGAGCACAAACAGAAAUGUAGUGAUGUAUUCAACUCCACCAAAAAUGACUGAGUCAACAUCGACAGCAUUGGAGAACAUGUUGCGGACACGGGGCGUACUGUAUAGUGCCCUUUGUGAUUUUUGUCUCCUCCCCCCUCUCCCUUUUCCACUUUCGAUACCUAGAGAGGGAAACCCAUACAAUUAAAUGAAGGCUAAAAAGAGAAAUCUUUUCCUACAUGCAGUAUGUAACAGU